AUGGCGCUGUCCAGGCUGUGCUGGGCUCGGACCGCUCUGUGGGGUUCGGCCGUCACCCCUCGACCAUAUGUCACGCGGAGGCUGCAGCUCGUUCGCGCUGGACGGACGUGGGGACCCCCCUGGUCUUCCAGGAUUCAUCUUUCUCCAAAGGCAGAUGUGAAGAAUUUAAUCUCUUACGUGGCGACUAAGACCAAAGUGAUCAGUGAGAAAUACCAUCAUUUUUUGGAACGCUAUUUUCCCCGCUUCUAUGUCCUGUACACCACCUUCACUAAAGGAUUUCGGCAGUUAUGGGCUGAUGGCAAAAAGUGUAGAAGAAUAAAGGCAGACAUGGCGAAGCACAAUGUAAAGUUUCAUCAACUUUCAUACCGGGAUAUGGAGCAUCUGAGGCAGUUUCGUCGAGAUAUCACCAAGUGUUUUUUUCUGGGUGUUAUUUCCGUUCCACCCUUUGCCAACUACCUGGUCUUCUUGCUAAUGUACCUGUUUCCUAGGCAACUGCUGGUCAGACAUUUCUGGACCCCAAAGCAACAAAUUGAUUUCUUAAAUAUCUAUCAUGAUAUCCGGAAAAAGUCCCACCCAGAAAUCCUUAGUUAUUUAGAAAAAGUUAGCCCUCUCAUUUCUGAAAAAGGACUCCGGUGGCAUAUGACAGAGCUGUGCACCAAGAUACAGCGUGGUACCCACCCAGCAAUACCUGAUAUCCUGGCUCUGAAAAAGUGUUUCUCUAAACCUCCCCUGGGCAUGAGUCAGCUCCAUGCCUCACAAAUAAAAGCCUUGAGUCGAGCCAUGCUUCUCACAACUCACCUGCCUUCCUUCUUGUUGAGACGACGUUUAAAGACUCAUACCACUGUGAUUCAUCAGCUAGACAAGGCUUUGGCAAAACUGGGGAUUAACCAGCUGACUGAACAGGAAGUGAAAUCGGCUUGUUAUCUUCGUGGCUUGAAUUCUACCCAUAUUGCUGACGAGAGGUGUCGAACUUGGCUGGCAGAAUGGCUGCAGAUUUCCUGCAGCCUGAAAGAAGCUGAGCUGUCUCUUCUGCUACACAACGUGGUCCUGCUUUCCACCAACUACAUUGGGACACGGCGCUGA